CCGCCACAGUCCACACCGCCUCUUGUCUCUCUCCCCCCUAAAUCUUUGAUUUUCUCUAUUUAAGGCCUCUAUUUCUUUUUGAUUUUCUUUUACCCCUAUCACCGCUGUCCUCUCUGCUCUGUACUAUAGCCUUGCUUCCGCUGUAAUUUUUUACCGGGAAGGUUUUCAAUGGAGGUCAGCAACUCCAGCUCUGAUGUUCAUGCUAUGGUGAAAACAGUAGUGGUCAAGACUGUGGUGGCUGAGACCCUUUUGGCUGCUCAGAGAUCUCUUGUUUGGCUUCUUUUGCUGACAGGAUCUCUGCUGAAGGAUGUUGAUGAUUUAUCCCCAUCUUUCUUAGCUGAUAAAGGGUUCCCUAUGGAAGAGCUUCACAAAAAGAAGCGGCCAGAACCUGACAAUAAGGAUGCUAGUGACACAGAUGAUGAUGAAGAAGAAGAAGAUGAUGAUGAUCAGGAUGAUGAUGAUGCAGGUGAUGAGGAUUUCUCAGGUGACGAGGGUGGAGAAGAUGAUGAAGAAGGGGAUCCUGAGGACAAUCCCGAGGCUAAUGGUAACGGUGGCAGUGAUGACGAGGACGGAGACGAUGAUGACGGUGAUGAUGAUGAGGAUGAGGAUGACGAGGAAGAUGAAGAAGAGGAAGAUGAAGAUGAAGAAGAACAACCCCCUGCUAAGAAGAGAAAGUAAAUUAAUUAGGUGAUCAUUCCGCUUCUUUCUCUCGGCUGGGUAUGUUUAAUAGGAAAUAGGACGUUUAGGAUGUUUGUGUCUUCUUAGAUUAGGGAAGUCACAGUCCUUGUUUAGAAUUUACUGCAUUUUAUAACGUUAUAGACAUUUACAGCUUCCAAUUUGUAGAAUUAACGGAUAUUUGGAAUUGUUCUUGAAGGUUGAUUUUAAUGUGAUUAGUGCUUGACAUUUGGUUUUGAAA